CUGGCUGCCUAACGGCCAGGGUUUAGUGAAACUUCUGUUGUGUAACCGAGGUUAGUUUGCGUUACGCUCUGCUGUAGAUUGUCAAAUAACCAGAUUCUACGAGAGACCAGCGAACAUAGCUGAAGAAUAUGAUGGCGGAUAUUCAGGCCUUUGUGAGUAAUGCUGUUGUGUUUCCUGAUGAAACUUGCCCAGCUGUUAUCCAGGUAAAGGAUGGCAAGAUUUAUCAUAUUAGCAGGCAUAGCACAAAUGUGUCGGCAUUCUCCAAGGACCAGGUUGUAGAUUGUGAGGCUCUUACUCUGAUGCCUGGCAUUGUUGAUUCUCAUGUCCAUGUUAACGAACCUGGUCGUACAGCUUGGGAAGGCUAUAACUCAGCCACUCAGGCAGCUGCAGCAGGAGGGAUCACCACCAUUGUUGAUAUGCCUUUAAACUCCAUUCCACCAACAACCACACUACAGGCAUGGGAAACAAAGAUGAGAGCAGCAAAGGGCCAUUGCUGGGUUGAUGUUGGAUUUUGGGGUGGAGUUGUACCAGGAAACUCAUCUGAACUCCGCAAUAUGGUUAAACGGGGAAUAUGUGGCUUCAAGUGUUUUCUCAUACACAGCGGUGUAGAUGAAUUCCCUAGUGUCAAUUCUGCACAAGUGGAAGAAGCUCUCUUGGAACUUAGUGGCACUCAGUCUGUUUUAUUGUUCCAUGCUGAGUGUGACAUAGGAGACACUAUCACUGAUGCAGACCCAUCAGAGAAGUACUGUACAUUCCUCAAGUCUCGACCACAAAAAAUGGAAGAGUUAGCAAUAGAAAAAGUCAUCAGUCUGUGUGAGAAGACAAAGGUGCGGUGUCAUAUAGUUCACUUGUCAGCAAGUAAAGCUCUACCCAUGAUACGAGCUGCUCAAGCCAGAGGUGUACCCCUCAGUGUGGAGACAUGCCACCACUACCUCUCUCUCACAGCUGAGGAGAUUCCUGAUAAUGCCACUCAGUUCAAGUGUUGUCCACCAAUAAGAGAGGCAUGCAACCAGGUUGACACAUCCAUGAUAUAUCACAAGAAUAAGAUAACACCCUAUGUUGGCAAGACCCUAAAAGGUAAAGUAUACAAGACAGUCUUACAUGGAAAGGUGAUAUUUGAAGAUGGAAUGUUCUGCAAAUGUGAACCACAGGGCACUUUUGUCUUUCCUUCAGUUGAGCUCAUGUCAAAUUCUAAACAGGAGUGAAAAUCUAGAUUCUUAAAAUCCUUAUACGAAGUCAUUGCUUGUUGUGUAAAUACCUGUAUCAGAAUAGGGAACACGGAACUUUUGUUUGCUCUGGUUAUCAUAUUUUUUUUACUAACAGGGAACUGGUGGCAGAAGUUUUUAAUAAAUAAUAAUCAUUAUAUGAGAACACAAAAAUGGAUAAUGUAUCAGCUAAAACAAAUCUUUUAAGAAAUCUGUAUAUUAUGCAAUCAACUAAGUCUCCGGUGUUAAAAUCAAAACUAAUCUCUCGGCCCGAAUUCAGAACGGUAGUUUGAGCCUGGGAUUUGAGCUCGGCUGAGGCAUGCUAAUCAGGAUUCCUUGAACCGAGAUUUUCUGCAGUGGAUUACCCAUAUUCAGAACAUCGGCUUAAACCCCGGAUUGGGUAAUCUGUUAUAUUUUCUUCAGUUACGAGCAUGGAUUCGAACCCUGAAAUUCCAAUCAAUCACGUUUCAUCUGCAUCAUUACGACAGCCAAUCGCCAUCGAGAGUAAUGUUUACAAGUUAUGGCGGCAACUAUGACUCGACGAGUUUUCACGGAGGAGGAGAAAUCUCUCCUUGCACAUCAAAACUUAUUUUUAUUACUAUAAUUACAAACAAAUUAUGAUCAAAUUAUAAUGAUUUAUGGUACUGUGUUACAACGUGGCUAUGUUGUUAUGAUAACAAAGAAAUUCAUAGAGGAAGAACAAUUACAUACAAAUUGUAGAUAUAAUCUGGGACAGGUGUCGAUAUUCAUAACCAAAGCAGGAUGAAUCAAUUCAGGGCGUAGUAACCUUGCUAGGUUCAGUUAGGUUAAGUUUCUUUCUGUUUUUUUUAACCCCACAUUUCCCCUGAUUAGUAAUGUAAAGAAAAAUCCUUUCUUUAUUAAUACAUUAAAAUCAAAAUGCACUCAGAAUUGAUUCAAUUAUAUUGAAAAUACAUCAAAAUAGUUUUCCCGAAAGAAAAACACUAAAAUACAGAACUGUCAGCGUUCUUUACAUUUACCCGUUUGAUCCUCAUGGACCCUAAACACGAAAGUGUUGUAACACAUUACCAUAACUCAUUCAGUAACCAGAAUCUUUCUUACCUGGAAACUAUUCGUUGCGAAGAAUCAGCUGAUGAAUGGGAGGUAGAGAUGAACCAUAGCCAACAGGUCUAUCAAGUAGAUGCACCAUAUCACGGAAAAUAUCAAGGAAAUCUCCCUUGCUGAACCUAUAUUGUUGUUUAAAUUCCGUGCUAUCAUAAAAAUUGAUAGGAUUCUGCCUAUCUACCAUCAGUCUUCUCUCUAUAAAACUUACAAUUUGAUGAUAUCACCGAAAACCGCGCUCUCUGUCAAAAUUCAUGUUGACUCGCUUGAAGGAGUGACUGCCAAAUCUGCCUCCAGGCUGGAUUAACGCGGUUUGAAUCUUUGAGUUGGCUCAAGCCUGCGUUCUGAAUACCAACAAUCUUCAAUCUUCGCUCGAUCCUUGGUUUAAACCUUCAUGCGAUUUUAGAUCACUGUUCUGAAUUCGGGCCUAACAGACUCUGUUUUAAUUCAUCAAAAGAUUAGCUAUACCUUCUCCCUAUAAAUUAAGUGAUGAAGGUGCCUUGGAGUUAGGAAUUAACCUUAAACACAAAAGGAUGUCAUGUCAUUGACUCAUAAAAGUGCUAAUCUUUCCAGUUAGAAUGCGCAAUUUCAAUUUUGACAUCAAUUCACCUUCAGAUUUAUACAGUGUGGGUGUAGAUUUAUCUCUUCUAAUCUCCAGUUAUGCUUACAAGAGAUAGAUAAGUGCCAGUGUUUCUAUCUUUGCACUAGUCAAAGUUUAUUAUGGCAAGACAGUUUUCCUUAGAAGGAUUACAAUAUUUUCUUAAUGAAUUUUGUUUGUUGUUGUUUUAUGUCCCUCAUUUUCAAUAUUGCUGGUGACUUGUAUCACGAGGUAACUCUCAGUCAUCAUAGGAAAUUUGUUUGUUAACAAGGGAGGGAUCACUUGGUCAUUUAUGAAUGACUGAUAUAUAGGGCAAAUCACAAGUCUUAAAUACUAAUUUAAUCUAAGCUGUUUUUCAGAGUUAAGAACCAAGGCUGCAUGCAAUUUCUCCUUAUAGCAGUAAUUUUGUGCUGUCUUAUUUUCUGCCAGAAAAUUUGGAGAACCGGUCAAGGCAUUUGUCAUCAGUGAGGUUUUGUGCUUCAAACUGAUGAAAAUUCAAGCCUUUGGAUUCAUUUCCCACGUAUUUCAACAACCCCUUAACACUCUUAAUCCUAGAAAGGGACUCACUACUCUAUAUGGACUUCUCUAACAUUAAUUACUACUCUCAUUUAGUCAACCAAGAUUUUUUUCCUUUCCUCUUUGCCAUUGUUAGUUUACUAGCCAGUGAGACUUUUGGUCUGUUAUCUGUUACACAUUUUUGGCAGGUACUUGGUAUGUACAAGCUCCUGAAUGUAUACUAACAUUUGAUUACUGUACUAUUAAUCAUGCUUAUAUGAUAUUUUUCUUAGUAGAGGACAGUGGUUAUUGAUGUGUCUUCCACUGAGAUGCAUACUGUAUUGUAUAAGCAGUUGUUUUCCGUCCUGCUCAUGUCAUUAGUUUCUGGUACGGCUUUUAAUUUUGCUUUGUCUGCUAAACAUGUAAACCUUAGUUAUCAGUAUUUACAUAAAUUUUCGCAUUUUAUAUUCUGCCCUUUUUUACAUACAUCAUAUAAUUAGUGUAUUCUGUGGAGUAAUUUUUUAUUGGUAAUACAUAUAGUAUAUGGUGGUUUUUAUACUGUUUCAAUUCGUGUUUUUAAAUCUGUUGAUCAUAAGAUACAUUAUCAAGAGCUUAUUAAUAAAUAUAUCGUAGUUAUUUCAUUU